AGCCGAAUUCACACUCCCUAGUCCCUACCACAUAUCUCCCCACCCAUGAGCAAUACGGGCAAAAUGUAUAAUUAUUGAACAGCGGAACAUACGAUGAUCACCCGCCACCAUGCCUUUGUCCGCUAAAAUUAGUUCGCUGCAACGACAAAUACAAAGGUUGCGUAUCGUGCUAGUGCUACUACUACUACUUGCUGCUACUGUCACUGCUUGCUACACCUCACUCUUCAGCUUCGGAGAUUCCCUCACUGAUACCGGCAACUUGUACUUCAUUUCCCCUCGUCAGAGCCCCGAUUGCUUGCUCCCUCCCUACGGACAAACCCAUUUUCAUCGCCCCAAUGGACGAUGCUCCGAUGGACGCCUUAUCCUCGAUUUCCUCGCCGAGUCUCUGGGGCUUCCGUAUGUGAAACCGUAUCUGGGUUUCAAGAACGGCGCGGUGAAACGCGGGAAUAUUGAGCAGGGAGUGAAUUUUGCGGUGGCCGGAGCCACGGCGCUGGACCGCGGUUUCUUUGAAGAAAAGGGGUUCGCUGUUGAUGUGACCGCAAACUUUUCUCUGGGGGUUCAGUUAGAUUGGUUCAAGGAAUUGCUGCCUUCUCUCUGCAAUUCUUCUUCAAGCUGCAAAAAAGUUAUUGGCAGCUCCUUAUUUAUUGUGGGAGAGAUUGGAGGCAAUGAUUAUGGCUAUCCUUUGUCUGAAACAACCGCAUUUGGAGAUCUUGUGACUUACAUACCCCAAGUAAUAUCUGUAAUCACUUCAGCAAUCAGGGAAUUGAUUGAUUUAGGGGCUGUAACGUUUAUGGUUCCUGGAAGUUUACCACUUGGAUGCAAUCCAGCCUAUUUAACAAUUUUUGCGACUAUAGAUAAAGAGGAGUAUGACCAAGCUGGCUGUUUGAAAUGGUUAAAUACGUUCUAUGAAUACCACAAUGAGCUGCUCCAGAUUGAAAUAAAUCGGCUUCGAGUGCUAUAUCCUCUUACCAAUAUCAUUUAUGCAGAUUAUUUCAACGCUGCAUUGGAGUUUUACAAUUCUCCAGAACAAUUUGGGUUUGGUGGAAAUGUUCUCAAAGUUUGUUGUGGAGGUGGGGGUCCUUACAAUUACAAUGAAACGGCCAUGUGUGGGGACGCAGGAGUGGUUGCUUGUGAUGAUCCUUCACAAUAUGUUAGCUGGGAUGGCUAUCAUUUGACCGAGGCUGCUUAUAGAUGGAUGACCAAAGGUUUAUUAGAUGGGCCAUACACAAUUCCUAAAUUUAAUGUCUCGUGUUUCAUAGGUGAAACCAUCAGAGAUUUUAAUAACUAUGCAAUGAAAUAUAAAUCAAUGUAAAAUAUCCACGUAUUUGAUGAGGUUUAAGUAGUACUCCAAUAAGGUGAUUUUCACUGCCUCGUGCAGUUGUAUCUGUUUAAUGAAUGAAUAAUGCAUAACGUUUUUUAGCAGCACCUGUAUGUAAAAUGAUGUUUAAUGAAUAGUAUAUGAUUGCAUGCUUUAGCAUAAUUAA